AUGCUGAGCCAAUUCACCCGCUCCGUCAAACAGAAGGGUGUGUCCCGGGGCUCGCUACUCGAGCUGGCACACCAGCUAAAUGCCCCCGACCCGGCCCGGCAACCGGUUUUUCAACCCGACGAAGACAAACCCAGCUUCCAGUGGGCGAAGACUCUCGAUAAAAACGCCGAUGCGGAUGACGCCUACGCGUGUCUUGUAACCAACGCCAAGAAGUGCAGAGAAGGCGAAUGCCGGAAAGGACAUAUGCAGGACACGGCGGCGAUGCAUUUCUGGGAUGACUAUAGGUCAAAGAUCAGUGAAGCAUAUUUUCUAGAGGAUUUAUGCCGGAUGUAUGUGGCGUUGUGCGAGGACGCAGGACUUUGCCGCAUUUUGAAUACGGUGCGUGCUAGUGCGAUAGUGCCAUGGGCUGCGUUCACCGCGUCGUGGUUUGAGUUAUUGGAGCGCACUGUUUGCGGGGUUCCGCGACGUCGAAGAUUACAUUACAAGCUGUUGCUCCAGACCUACCGCGAGACGGAUUUCGGUGUCGCGCCGGUUUGUGCCUGUUGCCAGCGUGCCGUAUGCGCGACCGAGGUGCUCGAGGCACUUCCGCGCGCACUCUGGGGCGAUGCCGAACCCGACGUAGGACGCACGCACGAACGUGAGCGGGACGUCGGACGCACGCACGAACGUGAGCGGGACGUCGGACGCACGCACGAACGUGAGUCCACGGAAUUGGGCGCAGUGAACUGGUUCGAUGGGUGGGCGCGCAAAGAAAUGCUGGACGAAUGUUUGCAGGACGCAGUAAGUGCGUGGGUCGAUCGGUUCCUGGAGACGCCGGCACCGGCCACGGCGACGAUAGUGGUGGCACGACUGCGCGAAGAUUUACCGUGUCUGAGCGAGUUGUUGCGGGAAGACCUGGAGCCUGUGCUCACAAUGGGUGCUCCGGCUGUGCUUGAACGCAUCAAGCACGCUCUCACCGCAUCCGCCGCUUCCGCCUAUUCUGAAAAAUUGUUGUGGCUCUUCCUCACCGACCUCGUCCUCCAUGUCCCCCCCGAGGCGCAGGACGCUGUUCUGAAGCAAGACUCGCUCACAGGACAAGGACACGAUUCCAUGCCGUUGCGACGUGCACAAAAGUUUGCGCGCGAGUUAGCGGCUGCGGUCGCAAGGCCGAGCACGGCCGGAGACACAACGCCGUGGACGGAGGCACCGGCACUCGCAACCGUGCGGCGUUUGGCGCCUGUUUUCCACACGUGGGUGUGUCUCAUAUUGCACACGGUCAGUUUGUAUUCGCACGUAGAACUUGGCGUGCUCGUCCUCGUGCACGAACUCCUGAGCAAACUCUGCGACGACGAGGCCGUGCGACGCGUCCUCGCGCGCAACGCGAUGCACACAACUUGA